GCUUUCGUACGCAGGCAGAAGGACGCCAUGUUCAUUUGUUAACGGACGUCAAGGUGUUCCCGUGCGGAAGGAGCGAGCAGCUGCCGUCCACCGCCGUCAUCCUCGCCGUCGCCGCGCUCUGGGGGAAGCCGAACGCAACGAACCCGACUCACCUAGGUCUUCGUCCGGCUUGCUGACAUGGAGUGCGCGGAGUCGCGGAAGCACAAACGCGAGGAAUACGAGAUGCAGCUGUUCGGCUUCCAUUCCAGGACCGUGUACGCGACUCUCAAAAGCAUCAUAAUGGAGAAAAUAGAAUCCAGGAGCAAAAAGUUGUGUGCAACUUUGGAAAAAAAAUAUAAAUUAGAGUCUGAAAAACUGGCGGUACUGAGGAUGAACGAAGAGCAACUUAUAAAAGUGUAUCAAGCAGCUUCCCUGCCUCAUUUAAAAAACAUUGAGAAUAACAUCGACAGAUUCAUCGCUGUAUCUCCUAAUGUUUUGUCUGAUGAAGAUAAACUCCAGGCAACACAGUAUACAGAGUCAGAGUUUGAAGGUAUAAAAAAGAAACUGGCUGAUCUUCAACAGAGAGCUAAAAGAGCGACUAUAUUGAAUGCCGCAUUGAAGGAGGAAUUACAGCUUAUAGAACAAUUUUCGACCUGUGUGGAUGAUGUCGGCAAGCUGAGUCACAUAAUCGAGAAUAGCGUCACAUCUCCGGAUAUCACUGACAAAAUUCAUCAGCUGGUCGAAAGUUACAAAAAAUUUAAUUCGACUCUCGAAACACCUGUGUCGCAAAAGGCGCUAUUCAAUAUGAUUGAAAAUCUCAAAUGUAUAGAUUGUGAUAUGGAGAGCUUAUGAUAUUGAAAAGAGAAAACCAAUUUUGAUGUUCGCACCUUUGGGUGCUUCAUUACUGUUAUUAAUGAUUAAUCCCUUGACAUACAAAAAAAACUUAUUUCAGUGAGAUCUAAAAAUACUACUUAAUUUUGCUGAAUUAAACAAUUAUGUAAACUUAGAAACAGAGCGAAUUUAAUAAGAUUAACGUAUGAUAUUAAUGAACAAUAAUAUCUACAUCGGAGAAAGUUUUUGACUUCUGGUAGACGUCAACGUCUACGAUGACACCCAAAACGAAUGACGCCUCUCAGACAUCGUUGUAUGCCAAAGGGUUAAUGAAUUAAUUUAUUAUUCAAUAUUGAUAUGUCUCUUUGAAAUUACGAUGUAAAUAGAGAACUAAUGCGCGUCUUGCGAAUAUUACAAAUAUUCGCUAUGUAAUAAUUUAUAUUUUUAUUAAAUGCUUUUUCUAUAUACUAAUGAUA